AUGCCCGUCGUUAACGUCGAGGAUCUCAUUCGUCUCCAGGGAAAACCUGAUGAUAUCCGAAAUAUAUGCAUCUUAGCCCACGUAGAUCACGGUAAGACGUCUCUGACGGACAGUCUCAUCGCCACCAAUGGCAUCAUCUCGCCCAAGCUGGCGGGCAAGAUCCGGUACCUCGACUCCCGGCCAGAUGAGCAGCUGCGGGGCAUUACGAUGGAGUCAUCUGCCAUCUCGCUCUAUUUUUCUAUGCUGAGACGCCCUGCUCCCGACGCAGCACCCGAGACCAAGGAGUAUCUGAUCAACUUGAUUGACUCUCCGGGACACAUCGACUUCAGCAGCGAAGUAUCGACGGCAUCCCGGCUCUGCGAUGGCGCUCUCGUGCUCGUUGACGCCGUGGAAGGCGUCUGCAGCCAGACCGUCACGGUGCUGCGCCAGACGUGGGUGGAGAAGCUGAAGCCGCUGCUGGUGAUCAACAAGAUGGACCGGCUGAUCACCGAGCUGAAGAUGAGCCCGGCAGAGGCGUAUUCGCACCUCAGCAGGCUUCUCGAGCAGGUGAAUGCCGUCAUCGGCAGCUUCUACCAGGGCGAGCGGAUGGAAGAAGAUCUCCUGUGGCGCGAGAGGAUGGAGGAGCGCGUCAAUGCCGCCGCAGCACGGGAGAGGGACCAGGCCAAAAAGCAGGCACAACAAGAUGAUUCCGCCAACGGUGGUGGUUCGCAACCGCAUCCCGAAGUCGACGAGUUCGAAGAGCGGGAUGACGAGGAUAUCUACUUUGCUCCCGAGAAGAAUAAUGUCAUCUUCUGCAGCGCCACCGAUGGCUGGGCCUUCACGGUCCGACAGUUUGCAGGCCUAUAUGAAAGGAAAUUAGGUAUGAAACGCUCCGUGCUGGAGAAGACGCUCUGGGGUGACUACUACCUGGAUCCCAAGACGAAGAGAGUGCUCGGCCAGAAACACUUGAAAGGCCGGGCUCUAAAGCCCAUGUUUGUUCAAUUGGUAUUGGACAGUAUAUGGGCUGCUUACGAAGCAACGACAGGAGGUGCAAAGGGGAAAGGGUAUGCUAGGAUCCAUCUUCUUCAUCGAUUGAUUCAGUUUGCUAACUAUAGUAGUGACCCGGCGAUGCUUGAAAAGAUUACUAAAUCGCUGAAUAUCACCAUACCGCCUCACAUACUACGUUCUAGGGACUCGAGGAAUAUCAUGACUACGUUGUUCUCAGCAUGGCUGCCCUUAUCAACAGCCGUGUUAGUGUCCGUGGUUGAAUAUCUACCAAGCCCCCGCGCUGCCCAAGCUGCACGACUGCCAGAGAUGAUUGACGAAUCCCCCGCGGCCGAACACGUGGACAAGAAAGUCCGGGACGCGAUGAUCAAUUUCAAAAUGGGCAGCGAAGACCCCGUCGUUGCCUACGUGAGCAAGAUGGUAGCAAUUCCCGAAAGCGAGCUUCCGUCGAACACAAAACGAGUCGGGGCAUCCUUGACCGCAGACGAGGCCCGCGAACUUGCGCGCAAGAAGAGAGACGAGAUAGCGAGACUGCAGGCGGAGGCAAACGAGCAAGGCGACGAAUUCUCUCGGGUUACAUCUGCCCUUGCAACUACCAGCUUGGAUACGGAACCGUCUCAGACCGAGGAGAAGGUAGACCGGGAACACUUGAUAGGCUUCGCACGGUUGUAUUCCGGCACACUCUCUGUCGGCGAUUCUGUGUACGUCUUGACACCGAAGUUCUCGCCAGCCGAUCCACAUGCCACCCCGGAACCGCAGAAAGUCACGAUCACGAACCUGUAUCUGCUCAUGGGGAGAACUCUGGAGCCGCUCAAAUCGGUUCCUGCGGGCGUUGUGUUUGGAAUCGAAGGGCUUGCCGGCCACGUCCUCAAGACAGGGACGCUCUGCAGCCAGGUGGAGGGCGGCAUCAACUUAGCCGGACUGUCCAUGACAAGUCCACCGAUUGUACGCGUCGCGUUGGAGCCAGUGAAUCCGGGCGAUCUCAACAAGAUGAUUACCGGUCUCCGACUCCUGGAGCAAAGCGACCCAUGUGCACAGUACGAAGUUCUCCCCAGUGGCGAGCAUGUCAUCCUGACGGCAGGCGAAUUGCAUCUGGAACGGUGCCUCAAGGAUCUCCGGGAGCGGUUUGCCAGAUGCGAGAUCCAGGCGGGCGAGCCCAUCGUUCCGUAUCGAGAGAGCAUCGUCAGCGUUCCGGAGAUGGCUGCUCCCAAGAACCCGGAGCUGGGCAGGGGCGGGGUUCUCGCAGCAUCGCCGUCGAAACAGCUGACGAUCAAGUUGCGAGUUGUACCCUUGCCCGCUCAAGUCACGGAAUUCCUGACCAAAAACGUCGGCACCAUCAAACGCCUACAAUCAGAGCGGCGAGCGAGGAGCGGCCAGAAAUCGUCCACCGCAGCGGAGGAGACAAACGAGAGCAUUGAGAACCAGGAAGUUGAGAACAACGAGUCCCUGGACAGGAACGCCAUGUCAUUGGAGAAUUUCAAGAAGGAGCUACGCAAGCUCUUCAGCGAAACGAAGGGAGACGACGAACUGUGGAAGAACGUCGUCGACAGGAUCACGGCAUUCGGACCGCGACGAGUAGGCCCGAAUAUCCUAGUCGAUGCUACGGCUGCGAAUUCGUGCGAGAAAUUCUUGUCCGACGAGCCCAAGCAAUACGAGAGAAAUCACGAAGACCAAACCCGACAGACGGUCACGGUGCGCGAUCUGGCGGACAAGAUCACGUACGCGUUCCAGCUGGCGACGGGCCAAGGGCCGCUGUGCCACGAGCCCGUGCAGGGGAUCGCCGUGUUCCUGGAGGACGUGGCCGUGCACGCGGGCGAGGAGGAUGCCAUCGACCUGGGGCGCCUGACGGGCGAGGCGAUCCGCUGCGAGAUCCAAGCUUCAACCGAAGUCCUCGGCCGAGUCUACGGCGUAAUCACCCGCCGAAGAGGACGCAUCCUAUCCGAGAUGAUGAAAGAAGGCACUCCCUUUUUCACAAUCCUCUCACUCCUCCCCGUGGCAGAAUCCUUCGGCUUCUCAGAGGAGAUCCGCAAGCGCACGUCGGGCGCGGCAUCGCCGCAGCUCAUCUUCGCGGGGUUCGAGGCCCUGGACGAGGACCCCUUCUGGGUUCCGGCCACGGAGGAGGAGCUCGAGGACCUGGGCGAGUUGGCGGAUCGGGAGAACGUGGCGAAGAGUCUUGGUUCAUCGUUUUCGAUUCAUUCAGACGGUACUGUCGCUCUUCCUCCCGUGACAACACAGUCCGACAUGGAAAAGGUCGUGGCCAUGUAUACUGGAGAGGUUUGUGGCAUGGUAUAG